GCGUUUCGGUAUAGUUUUUAUCGGUCGCCAUUAUACGAACAGAUAAUGGGCUCUUCUAUUACUCUCCAGCUCAGCAUCCUCGGUGACCCAUCCAGGUUCUUAGAAGGGAGGAUACGAGGGGGAUUCUAGUACACAAACCGCUGGGACCAGGAACCGGCUGACCGUCAGGUACCCUGCAUGGACCAGUUGGGAUCUCUUCCAAGGUUUCAGCUUUAAAUGCACUAUAUUUCUGUUUUAGUGGCACUAUGUUUCAGUUUGACUUGUCUCAUUCCAGUUAACACAUACAGCCCAGUGGCCUGGUGACACAAUUUGUGGAUUUCCAUAGCGAAAAGAGUACAGUUUCUAUCCACUGUAAUGGCAUCAAGACAGCCUGAUGUGCCUGCCAUUGAGCACAGCUCUGGUGGUUUAUUGGGGAAGAUGUCCCUGCCGAUUGGGAUGCACCGUCGAGCUUUCAGCUAUGACGAUGCGCUGGAGGACACAGCACCCAUGACGCCACCACCAUCAGACUUAUGCAGCAACACGCUGUGGAGAAAACCAGUUAUACCAGAACGUAAAUACAAGAUGCUGUCCAAGGUUGAGGAUGGGGAUAAUAACAUGCCCCCACCUGCUCUACCCAAUUCCUCUUCCAUUGAGAAGGCCCCUGUGGUGAAAGCCAAAGCCACAUCUGUCAUCAUGAAUUCUCUUAUGACAAAGCAUACACAGGAGAGUAUUCAGCGCUUCGAGCAGCAGGCCGGCCUCAGGGAUGCAGGAUAUACUCCACAUAAGGGCCUCACUGCUGAAGAGACCAAAUACCACCGCGUGGCAGAAGCCCUGCAUAAACUAAAGAUGCAAUCAGGAGAUUCCACUGAUGAGAGACAGAGUUCAUCUGCCCAAUCUACUCCUUGUAGCACUCCUAGUUCAUCUCCCAAGCAAAUGCGCAGAUCAUGGUUCAGUCAGGGCUCCACUACUUCCCUCCCAGUUGGCGAGAUCACCAGCUCAGAGUCAGGAGGAGCUGACAAGUGGAGCAUAUUUGGCCCUCGUGCUGUUCAGAAAUCCACCACAGAUCCAGGUGGCUUCACUGUCCAAUCUUAUAAAGGUGCUCAAAAGCCAACACCAAUGGAGCUGAUGCGGGCACAGGCUAACAGAAUAGCAGAUGAUCCUGCAGCAUUUAAACCUCCCAAGAUAGAAAUGCCUUCAUUUGCUACAGACAAGAAAAAAAUUCCCCGUGGGCACAACCUGCAGCCUCGUGACAUGAACAUACUCACACCCACUGGCUUCUAAAAGACUUCCUUCUCCUAAUUUUUAUUUUUUUUCCUGCUUUGAAAAAGGACAACAAUGAGAUAAUUAAUACCUGGCACAUUGAUUGCCUUGGCAGGAAAAAGAGUUAAUUCAGAUAAAAGGUUGUGUCCUUCUUGAUUUUUCGUUGUGGCAUUCCCCUUCACCGAGCUUUGUCAGUGCAGGAAGAAAGAACUUUCCUUAUAUCUUCUUCACUGUUAAAUUAACUGUCAAUCCACUAAAUAACUCCAUAUACAACUAUGCAUAGAAGCUGUUAAACACUUGUGGUUGGCACUCUCCAAUUCCUCUUUUCAAGCAAAUGAACCAAAUGGUUAUGCUAAUAUUUGUGUAAUGAUCCCUUUUACCAGAGCUGACAUUCCUCCUUGUGUAUAAAAGGUAAUGAGGGUGUUAUUGGUGUCAUGCCUAGAGUACCUUGUGCAAUAACCUAGCUUUUAUGUGUCUAUGAAAACGUAAAGUGAAAGCUUGCUCUAGGACAUUGACCACUAACUUAAGGUUUUUCUGUGUGUUUUUUUUUUCUUUUCUGCUUUCUCCUUUCUUCAUUGCAUUAUCUGGAGUUACAAGAUAGAUGCGAGCCCAAUUUGUGUUAUUCAGAUCUUAAUUCCUGUGUAAAUACUGCUGGAUUGAUCAAAUGUCUCAGGGCAAAAGAAAAGGCCUGGAUGUUUUGAGAGCAAAAGUUUGCUAAAUAUUUAUUCAUGUUUUUUGGUUUUCAUUUUAUUUUUUUGUUCCCUUAAAAUUGUCACAUUCUGAGUUCAGAAGCUACCAUUGCAUCCCAUUGUAUGUUUCUGGUCUGGUAGGGAAGUGUAAGUCCAACUCUACAAAAAAAAACCAACCCAAAAAACAGUGGCUGCCCCCCCCUCUUCAAAUGUACUUACUGCUUAUUAUUUGAAAUUGAAUCGCCGAGCACAGUACUGCAUGGUGCAGUAUUUUGCCAUCACCAACUGGCUGCUGUCCUGGUGUAAUUACUACAGCUGACUUAACAACUAAUAGUGCCUGUAACAUUCAUUGAAGCCUAGAGCAGGGAUAGGCAACCUUCGGCACUCCAGAUGUUGUGGACUACAUCCCCCAUAAUGCUCUUACACCCAUAAUGCUGAAAAAGCAUUAUGGGAGGUGUAGUCCAAAACAUCUGGAGUGCCGAAGGUUGCCUAUGCCUGGCCUAGAGCUUAGUUCACUGGGAAUUAUUUCUCUAGCUGGCUCUAAAACUAAACUAUUUUACUUCAGAAAUAAGUGAUCGAAUUAUACCUAGGUGCUUAAAAAUGUCUUCAGGUAACCUGCCACUGCUGUUAUUCUUCCCUACCCUUUCGAAAAUAAUUGCUGUCCAUUUUGAGUACAUUGAGUAGUUAAUUUUUUUUAUUUAUUUUUUUAUUUUGCCUAUGUCUUUUUGUUCACAAUAAACCUGAAACUAAACUA